CUCUCUCUGCACAGAGUGAGCUGUGCUCCUCUGAUUUAUUUUGAGGUGGUCGUAUCACAGCUGUUGUAUCUGUGGUGGAUGCCUGGCCUGAGCCCCUCGACACUCUUCCUUUUCCCCCACUGGCCCUUGGUCCUGGCCCUUUACAGAAACCAACUCUUUCCCUGUCAGUACUAGCUCAUAAUAAUGGAGGCUUGUCAGGAGAGCAGCCCUACACCCACAGGUCCCGAGGCGUCACCAGCCAAGGGUCGGCACAUUGACCUGACAGAGGACCUGGGCCAGCAGCUGGAGGACAUCAUUAGCACCUACCAGGCAGCCGAGAUUCCCGCUGAGCCAGAGGACACGGAGGAGAUCACAUCCGUCAAAGAGGCGGACGCCCGCAAGGACCAGAAACUGGAGAAAAAGAUGCUCAAAAACCUAGGAAAGGAAGCCAUGCUGCUGAUGCAAAGUUUGAACAAACUCAACACUCCAGAACAGAAACUGGAGGCCAUCAUCAAGAAGCACGCUGAGCUGUUGGAGGAGCAUCGCAGUGAUCAGAAACAGCUGAAGGUUCUGCAGAAGAAAUUGCUCCAAGUGAUGAAGGAGAAGGACCAGCUGCAGAGCGAGCACAGCCGGGCUGUGCUGGCUCGUAGUAAACUGGAGGGGCUCUGCCGAGAGCUGCAGAGGCACAACAAGACCUUAAAGGAGGAGACCCUGCAGAGGUGCAGAGAGGAUGACCUGAAGAGGAAAGAGAUCACCACCCACUUCCAGGGGACGCUCAGUGAGAUUCAGGCCCAAAUUGAGGAACACAGCAGCCGUAACACCAAGCUGUGCCAGGAGAACAGCGCUCUGGCAGAGAAACUGAAGGGGCUCAUUUCACAAUACGACCAGCGAGAGGCGAACCUGGAAAAGGUCUUCAAACACAGAGACCUUAAAGAAAAGCUGCUGGAAACCAAACUCACACAGGCUAACAUGAUACUGAAGGAGGCAGAGGAGAAGCACAAGCUGGAAAAAGAGCAUCUGCUUAAACAGGCGGCAGAGUAUAAAUUGCAAGUGAAGGUCAUGAAGGAGCAAGAGAUCGAUAUGAAGACCCAGCUCGAUAUGUACUCCAAGAAGUUUGAUGAAUUCCAGGGCACGGUAUCAAAGAGUAACAGUGUCUACAGCAGCUUCAAACAGGACAUGGACAAAAUGGCCAAGAAAAUGAAAAAGCUGGAGAAGGAGUGCCAGUCAUGGAAGACUCGCUUUGAUGGCUGCAACAAGAGUCUCAUUGACAUGGUGGCAGAUAAAGCGAUCAAGGAAAAGGAGUUUGAGCUUGUCACAAUCAAGAACCACAAGCUUGAGAAUCUGUGCAGGGCUCUACAAGAGGAGAGGAAGAGUCUUUAUGAGAAGAUGCAGGGAGCCGGAAGUCAACCAGACGUCAACACCGCUGAACCCACAGAGAAGGAGGUCUCUGAGAUGCAGGCGACCCCUAAAGACCCAAAAGAUGACCACCCUGUCCAGAAUACUGAAUCCCCUGCCACUGCUGCCCCCACUGGGACCCUGACACUCGAAACUCCACUGACCAAGGAACUGGUUAACCUGAAAGCCGAGCAGGCCCGUCUGAAGGAGAUUGCCGGUUCCUUCACAAUCUCUCAUAUUAUACCCACAGAAACAGUCGCUAGCCAAUCACAAGGACACUUUGAGAGCGUCCUGGAGUCAGAGGACAACUACAUACGGGAGAGCAACAGUGAACACCUCCAGGAGGCCAAGGAGGAUGGAUCCCAAGAACAGAGAGAUUUGGAAAUGGAGUCAGUUGAUUAAUGCUUCAACUACUGUGAAAAGAAACCUGGUCCAUGUGAGAUUCAGAGCAAUAAAAUGAAAAAUGCUGGAUUUAGUGUUCAUUGUCUGACCUGAUAUGGCAAGAUUUAAGAGAAGCUUUGUUUUAUGUCCUUCAUCAGGCCUCACUACAUUACAACUAAGCCGCUUAAUGGCUUGGCAUGAAACUCUCCCGGUUGAUCAUUCG